AUGAAAUGGGAUAUGAGGGAAACAUGCAUUAGUGAAGAUGAGGAAGCAGAUGGAGGUUCAGAUGGUUUUGUCAGUGCACAUGAAUCUGAUAAUGAUGGAAAUGAUGUUGGUCCCUUUAGGGUGAAGGGUAAGAAGAGGUUUACUGACUGGGUGGAGUUUAAUGAGAAAACUUAUAUGAAGAAUCCAAGGUUCUGUCUUGGAAUGGUGUUCCCAAAUGCAGAAGUGUUCAAGCAUGUAGUUAGGAAGCAUGCCGUGGUGACCAAGAAAGAGUUGAGAUUUCCUAGGAAUACAAAACAUCAGGUGUUGGUGAGAUGCAUGACUUCCCCAGAUUGCCCUUACUGGAUGUAUGCUAGCAGUCCAUCAGCUGAUAAUCCCACCCUCCAAAUAAAAACAUUCAGACCAGAUCACACAUGCAGUUUAAUAGCAAAGAGAGUAUACCAUUGUCAUGCUCCAUUUUUGGCUGAAGAAUACAAAGAUGUGUUCCUUGCUGAUGAUAAAUGGACUAGAGAGGGUAUUCAGAGUGCUGUGAAUAGAGAUUUUGGUAUGGAGAUUGGCGAUCAAAUGGCAUAUAGAGCUAAGGCUAGGGCUGCUAAGAGAGCACAGGGUAGCCUUGAGGAACAAUACAAUCUCCUAGAGUCUUAUGCUCAUGAAUUGAAGAAAAGAAACCCUGGGACCAGUGUUUGGAUUCAAACUGAGCUUGACGGGGAUGUGGCACGUUUCAAGAGAAUCUACAUAUGCAUAGCAGCUUUGAAGGAAGGUUGGAUUACAGGACCUUCAUAG